AUGAAAGGUCUUGUAGCACCACCAGUUUCCAAAUAUAGUAAUAUUCAUGCCCAUAUUUGGAUAGAGCAAGGGCGCAUAUGUCUAAAUCAGUCAUUCCAUAACAGUCACCUACUGGAAGGAUCAGAACUACCAGUCCAAGUUUUAACAGAUCACAAGAACUUGGAGUACUUUUCCACAUCACAAUCCCUUAAUGAAUGUCAGAUUAGAUGGGCAAAUUUCUUAGCGGAUUAUAAUUUCCAAAUUAUCUACAGGCCUGGAGCACAAAACAAGAAGGCGGAUAUCCUUUCUAGACAGUAUGAUUUAGUACCCCUUGAAGGGGGGGUAGAGAACCAGGUUCUCCUGAAACCGGAACUUUUUAUCUCAUCAAUCACUCCGGAUCAGGAAAUUAACAACCUAAUUGGUGAAGCAAUCUAUGAGGAUGACUGUCUUAAAGAAAUCUUGCACAAGCUCCAGAACAAGAACAAAGUAGUUGAUUGGGAAUUAAAAGAGGGAUUAUUAUGGUGUCAAGGAAAAAUCUUUGUACCCAAAGAUGAAACCAUUAGGAAUCUCAUUUUGGAAUCUAGGCACAACAUGUUAGCUGCAGGACACCCAGGACAAGCCAGAACACUAGAGCUUGUCUCAAGGAAUUACUACUGGCCAUCAAUGAAAAGAUUUGUCAACUCUUAUGUACCUGUGGGAUUAUUGAAACCAUUACAAAUUCCUGAGUGCCCCUGGGAAGACAUAGCAUACAAUAUGAUUGUAGGAUUACCAGUAUCAGAAGGCUUUGAUGCUAUCUUAACUGUCAUUGAUCAAUUUUCAAAAAUGGUUCAUUUCAUUCCCACCCAAUCCACAGUGUCUGCCAUUGACAUUGCCAACCUAUUUGUCACCUAUGUAUGGAAAUUACACAGCCUUCCCAAGAGUACAGUCUCAGACAGAGGCCCCACAUUCAAUGCCAAAUUCAUUUGCCACCUAUAUAAGAGACUGGACAUUAAGCCCACAUAUUCUACAGCAUAUCACCCUCAAACAGACGGACAGACUGAACGCAUACAAAGAGAAGCCAAAAUUUUUAUACAAGAAGGCAAGGAAGAGUACAAGGUAGAACAAAUCUUGGACAGCAAGUGGAAGGUACGCAGUAAAGCAAGGAAACUCUGGUAUAUUGUCAAAUGGAAAGGAUACAACAAAGGAAGCAACUCAUGGGAACCAGUAGAUAACAUGGGUAACGCCAAAGAAGCUAUAGAAGAGUUUCACAAGGAGCACCCCAAGGCAGUUGGAGCUUGA